GGCUCAAGCCUCGUUGGUUCGUGCAAGCAUGUGGAUGGUAGAAGAUCCUGCUUGACCCAAGGGCCAAACGUCAAACAGGCUUCGCAGCAAUGUCGAGGGACAGGAUGGUCCUCAGCUUCAACGAGGAGCGUCACGGCAAGUUCACAAUUCCCGGGUACCCCGAAGACGAGAGCAGAGAGAUCGAGGAAGCCCUCAGGCAACCGAUGUAUUUACAUUCGGGAUGGACGCUGUGGACGCAGAACUCUGGGCAAUACGCCGUCCAGAAGGUAGUCGCCUUCGAAACAGCGCAGGAGUUCUGGAAGGUUUGGAACGGCGUUCCGCAGCCAAGCGAGUUGUUCGAUUCGAAGAGGUUCAUCAAGGAAACGACCAAUGGCACUGGCGUCGCUGGCGUGGACGGCUUCAUGAUCUUCAGGAACGCGAUUAAGCCCGAGUGGGAGGACCCCGCGAACGCAAAGGGGGGACACUUCCAAAUCUUGGUAAAGCCCACCUCUGGAGGCGGAACCCUCGACGAGUGGUGGAAUAACCUCGUGCUCGGCAUGAUCGGCGAGACGAUCGAGUGCAGCCAUCGCAUAAACGGCGUCCGACUGCUCGAUAAGAUGGGCAGCUCGAAGGGCAAGGUGCUGGACAACGUGCGGCUUGAGAUCUGGUACCAUGGCUCCACGACGCACGACGAGGGCCAGCAGCUGAGGAAGUCUCUGGAGAAGUGCCUCAUCACCCAGCUGGACGGCACCCUGGGCCCAGCCUUCAAGCCCGACAUGAUGACGGACAAGAGGCACUGAACAAGCGCCUCCCCUUCCGGGGACGACGGAGAUAUUCGCUGUGGGGGAAACGGGUGUUGAGGGAAACGGGUUUUGAGUGAAACGGGUCCUGAGGUUGUUCGCCGUUUCUGAGCUAACG